GGGGUUGGGUUGUCAGUUUGACACUUUGAUCAUGAAGAAAAAGACCAUGGCAACCAGGACCACUUGAAUGGACUGCUCGUCAGGUUUCGUCAACUCAUGUGGAUGACUUUUAUGACCGUAUCGCUCAACAUUGAUUGCCAUGGCGACGGCGGCGUGGUAUCAUCGUGACAUCAGCCGAGUGCACGCAGAGGACUUGCUGGCACGGGCAGGGAGGGAUGGCAGCUACCUAGUGAGAGACAGCGAGUCUGUGCCAGGAGCCUACGCAUUGUGCCUGCUGUUCCAACGUCAUGUUCACACCUAUCGAAUUCUCCCUGACGCCGACGGCCUCCUCGCAGUCCAGACAACACAGGGGGUGCAGGUGAACUGUUUCCGGACCCUGGAGGACUUGGUGUUGGGAUACCAGUAUCCACACAAAGGCCUGGUCACGCCGCUGCUCUACCCUGUUCCCCGAGACAUCGACACGGGGGAUGAGAGUUCAGAUGAUGAAAAGCCGCCUUCGGUUUCUUCCUCAGUCAGCUCAUCGCUUUCAUCAGGGCCACCAACUAAACCAGGCCCCCCUACCCCAUUCCUUGAUAAAUUACAGGAGCUGAACACAUCCAGUACUGCAGGUGACCUGAUGGGUCUGCUCAAUGACUACCUCUUCAGUGAGCUCCCUCUCGACAUCGACAAUGUGCAGAAAGGGGCAACAACUCUAUGCCACCUCAAGCGUACUCUGGGUAACGCCUGCCAGGGCCUCAAUAGUGAGAUUGACCUGACUCUCUCAAGUCUAGAAACCCUGGCGAAGGUGUUCGACCAUCCGAGCUGCUCUCUGACACAAAACAAGGCACAGGGCCCAGAGAUGGACAUAGACACCUUGUUGUGUAAGAUCUCAGCGUUGGUCAGCCUCCUUUCUUCACUGGAGAAAAAGGUGUUAAAAGCGCUACAAGACGCUGUGACCAAUCACAAUCUGGCAGUGCAGCCCGCUCCCCCCCCACCUGAGCCAGCUCCCACCAACAGAGCACCUGUAAAGAACCAUGCCCGACAGAUGCCAGUUCAUUCCUUUCAGGUGAAGAUGGUGAGGUACGGCAGACAGACAGUCUCUGUUGAUGUGGACACAGGAAUGCUGCUUUUUGACAGAAAAGCCGGUUCAUUCACUGUCGAAAAGGUCUCACAUGACAGAAUCCUCCAGAUUGUCAAGUUCCAGAGCAGCCCAGCCAAGGUGUGCAUGGUGGUGGACAGUCACCACAACACACCGAGGGAGAUGACGUUUGAGAGCGCACGGAAACGCGACUCCUUCUGCCAGCUCCUCCAGAUGAUGAAAACCAGACACUCUCAGCUGAGUGAGCCUGACCUGGUCUCUGUGUUUGUUGGCACCUGGAACAUGGGUGGAUCCCCUCCUCCUCGCAGCCUGCAGACGUGGGUGACCUGCUGUGGUCUGGGACACACCCCCGACGAGUCCACCGCCCUGCUCCCUCACGACAUCUACGCCCUGGGGACCCAGGAAAACCCUCAGGGCGAGAGAGAGUGGCUUGAACAUAUCAAAGCAACCCUUCGCAGCUACACUCACAUUGACUUCAAACAGGUGGCAGUACAGUCCCUCUGGAAUAUGCGGCUGGCUGUGUUUGUGAAGCCGGAGCAUGAAAGUCGCAUCAUCCAUGUGAACACAGCCAGUGUGAAGACCGGCCUGGGGAACGCAUUAGGAAACAAGGGAGCUGUUGGGGUCUCGUUCCUCUUCAAUGGAACAUCUUUUGGCUUUGUUAACUGUCACCUGACUUCUGGAAGUGAGAAGGUCCUGAGGAGGAACCAGAACUUCGUGGACGUCCUCCGGCUCCUUUCUCUAGGAGACAAGCAGCUUGGUGCUUUUGACAUCAGCCUGCGCUUCUCUCAUCUCUUCUGGUGCGGAGACCUCAACUACAGACUCGACUUAGACGUACAGGACAUCCUGAAACAUGUGUCUAAGAGAGAGUUCGAGGAGCUGAUGUGUGCGGACCAGCUCACCCGAGAGAGACACAAGAGGAAGGCCUUCCUCAAUUUCAAGGAGGAAAAGAUUGCGUUUCCACCGACCUAUCGGUAUGAGCGGGGCUCCAGAGACUGCUACCUGUGGCAAAAGUACAAGACUUCAGGGGUGCGGGUCAACGUGCCGUCCUGGUGCGACAGGAUUCUGGUGAAGUCCUAUCCAGAGACACACAUCAUCUGCACGGCAUAUGGUUGCACAGAUGACAUCUUCUCAAGCGAUCACUCACCUGUUUUCGCCACGUUCCAAGUGGGAGUGACGUCACGGUUCAGCUUCAAAACAGAUCCCAACCCUGGCACGGAGAGGGCCUGGAUAGAGCUGGAGGGCGUGGAGGCCAUCGUGAAGACUGCAAGCAAAGCAAAGUUCUUCAUUGAGUUUCAUUCAACUUGCCUUGAAGAGACGAGACGCUCCAGUGAGAACGACUCCCAGAGCUGCGAUGUUCCUGGGUUUCUGAAACUCGGCUGGUCCUUCAAACAACUGCCGAAGCUUCUCCCAGUCCUGUCUGACAUGGAGUAUCUUCAGGACCAGCACCUGCUGCUGUCUGUCAAGUCAUGUGACGGGUUUGAGUCAUACGGUGAAUGCUGUGUAGCUCUGCGCUCACUCACACGCGCAUCAGAGCAGUUUGAGACGUUCCUGAGCCACCGAGGUGAAGAGAUCGGCUCCAUAAGAGGACGCGUCCGGGUCCAUGUGCCCAAGGACAGACGGGCAACGCGGGAGAGGAUCUAUGAGUGGUUCUGUUUUGAGAAAGAUGAUAAACGGCCUCUGAGGACACACAUGUCUCCGGCAUCGACACAGGUCCAGAUAAAUAGGUCCUCUCCAGUUCCUCCUAAACUCACUCCGAGCAGCUACACCAACCCGGCCUACUUCAUCUUUGAAGGCGUGUCGGUGGCACGCCGUGUGGAGGAGGCCCUCCCCCAGCAGAGAGACCCUCAGGUCAUCUGGUCUGGUAACGAGGCCUUGCAGCUCCCUAAGAUCUCAGGACGCCAGGGCUUUGAGAGACGACCCUGCCGCAGGUCCGACUUUACAGAGAUCGAAAUCCCCGCCACCCUGCCCCAGUGCUCGCCAACCAACGACCUUCAAACGCCCCAAACCAACUCCUCCUAUCAGCUGUUCCCCGCCAAAGACCCGUCUCCCAUUUCUCCACCCUCCAGCAACGCCAUCCCACAGUUCCAGGAACAGACUUCACAACCCAGAGACAAAUAUCAAUGUAAAAGUAUCGUCCAGGACUCCAUACUGCCCGUGAAGAACCUGAGGAACUUGUAUAUGAAUCACUCAGCGAUCAUUAGGGAAAAUAACAGAAGGGAUCAACAUCAGCUGCUCCCAGAGAGGACCAACCCAAUCCGGGCGGCCAAGCUGCCGUCCGCUUUCCCUUUCACCCCCCCUCCCUUAGGACCCUGUCAGGCCUCUGCUCCCUGGACAGUGGAUCCUCAGCCACCCGGGCCUACAGGGGAUCACUCCCUCACUGCUUUGCAAAUUGCCAAGUCCCUCAGUGAAGUCGACUUCUUCCCCUCAGAGCAGAGAGGCCCGACCAUGACCAACCAGAGGCAAUGUUACAGAAACGGCCCCUCGAUGCAGGGAGACCGGGCCCACAGCUGGGAGAAAGAGGUGUCUGUGCUCCAAGGGGCACCAGAGACCGUGCGGGAGCUUCUCAGCACUCUGGGUCUUCAGAAAUACACCCUGGGACUCAGUCUCAAUGGCUGGGAUGAUCUGGAUUACUUCAGCGGCAUCACUGAGGAGGACCUACGAGCCGCAGGAGUGACGAACCCUUCACACCGACGCAGGAUCCUGGAGAACCUUCCCAAGAACUGGAACUGAUGCGAUGGUGCGAAGCCUCCAUGUCUGCUCACUUACUCCAACUGGAAGAACUGAUGGAGCUGAGAUAUGAAGAAAGGACAGACUGAUGGGACACAGUCACAACAGCUGGACUUUACCUCAGUCCAUCUUCCUGUUCUCUUCACUGGGGAACGUAACGCAGGAUGUUCUGCGUUCUCAAUCCUAUCGUCUUAGUUGAACUCCUGCACUGAAAUGAAAAUUUGAAAAGGAAAAAUGGGACUUUAAAAGAAAAAUAUUGUUUUGUCACUCAAUUUGUUAAGAUUUAAACAAAUUCUGCAAAUUUCACUUUUACUGAAAACAAAGACUCCAUCUAUUUACCCUCCGUCAACGUUACACUUUUACAUGGACCACAUCAGCAGUUCAGUUGCACGAAAGCUGUGUCCGGUCUAUUGUGGAGUUUUGAGUGAUGCUGUGUGCCGGGAAGCGACCUGGCCGAGAUAAGAGUGAGUGAUCGAAGGCGAGUGACGCUCUCUGCAGUGAGUGAGCGUCUGAGAGGCAGAGCUCAGUCGCUGCAGGACAGAAGGUCAGUCGAGCUGCACGUGGGUAAAGUUUUCUGCCAAAAAACCUGAAACACUUAAACUAAAUGUAACAAAACUGAAGCCAGGUUUUAAGAGGUUUCUGCCAGAAAAGCAAUUUCCUCCUAUCAGCAGUCUGCAACAACACAUAUUCAACUCACUCUCUAUUUUAGUAAAGUCGAUGUAUGACAAACAUAAUUUAAAAUAGCCCCAAUGUUGAGUUUUUCAAUGAUGGAAACUGUAUUUUUUUCGUGUUUGACUAAUUAUAUGAAAAUCCGUAAUAAGAAAACACAAAAUACUAUUUUUGGGGGACAAAAUUAAAUGGGACCCUGUGACAAUAAUCUAAAAAAAGCCAUGUUUUUUAUUUCCAAAUCUUCAUUUCAGAGGAGGAAAAGGAUGAGACGAAGGAACACGGGUUGUAACUCCUUGCACAUUCUGCUUUAUUCAACUGUCCAUCCUGACUGAAAGUCAGAGGUGGGUGGAUGUGAUUGGAAAGCCUUGAUAUGUUUCUCUAGUUACUGACUUAUACACAAAAUGUUUAUCAUGGCAGCAAGGACUCAUCAAUUUUGUUUUUAAUGAUUUUUAACUGACUAAACAAAUGUAAUGCCUCAGUUUCCAGUGUUCACACGAGUCUAGUGUUUCCUGUUUACCUUCAUCCCUUCGACUGUGUGCUUUCUAAAUAUUCUGCUAUUAUUGAGCCUGGACCCGAGCUUGUAAAAAGCCUUCUAUCAAACCUGCGGAGCAUCAAAUCUGUAGCUGUACCUACUGGAACAUUGUCUGUAAAGAUCGUGUAGGACCAGUUGUAUUUCAUAUUGUUUACUGUCUCAUAUUGUUGCUAUCAUGUCACUUAAUCAGCACCUACGCCCACUCUGCAUGUUUUAUGCAGCCUUUUUUAAGUAAAGUGCAUAAAGCAACUCUCGACCGUUUCCAAGAAAA